AAGGACUGCUUCAGUGCAGAUUAUGUUACGUGAGACUGAACCCGAGUGAUGACACAGUUGCUGUGCCUGACAGUCACCUGAAAAGUAGCUAUUUCAUGAGAAGCUUCCAGUGGAUGAACACCAAAGGGCUCGUUACGUUAGGGCUUAUAAAACUUUAAUAUGAACUCGGUUGCAUUUGUUAAGAAUGUAACUAGUUCUCAUUACUUUUGUAGUCCUGAAAGAGAGUGAAUCUUUGACAGUGAGCACCAAGAAUUCAUGCAUCACGCCGAAGGACCCAGAUGCUUGAUAAUCAGGAAAGACAUCCUCCACUGCCCUGCCUGAAGAUCUCCGAUUCACUUCAUACGAGGCCAGCUCUGAUACCUCACCUUGAAGAUGACAUUCUGCUGAUCAAGCGUGAACUGUCUGCUUCAGCUCUUUGGCCGGAAGCUUGAAUUUCGGAGGUUAAACCAGCAUUAGAUGGCUUCAUCUCUGUCAACUGUUUUAAUUGUUUUUGGCAUCAUUCAAGAAAGCCAGUCUGCAUUCUUUGCAUUCAUUUCCAUCGACCAAAUGGAGAAGAAUCCUCCCAAUAUUGCAGGCAGAGAAAAGGGCCCGGGUCCAGGCCGCUACGCCCUGCCUCCGACUAUCGGUUUCCUGGGGCAUGAUUUUACGAAGUCGACCAGCCCUGCGUAUUCCUUCCAUGGCAGGAUGUUCGACCACAUGUUCUCUGUAGACUCCAGUCCCGGGCCUAAAUAUCAUGUUGACGCAAAAAUAACUCGCUUCGGUAGGGACGGUACCCCAGCGUACUCAAUGCUGGGCAGGAUGAGGCCUUGUGUGGCAAACUUCCAGACUCCAGGACCCGGUUCUUACAAUCCUGAGGUGGCUCCCAUUGUCAACGGCCAGCGAAGGCCCCCGUCAUACACCAUGGGCUCUCGAACCUGCUACCGUGGGGUGGACAGCAUUCCAGCCCCCAACAAGUACAGCCUCCCUUCACUAAUGGGCUCUAAAGUGCCCACCAAGCCAGCCAGUGCCAGCUACACCAUAUCAGGACACUGCAAGUCCGGGGGGGCGUCACAAGACCUGGCCAAGACCCCGGGUCCUGGCAGGUACAACAGCACCGAUCCCAGCGUCUAUUUGCCCAGGCAGCCAGCAUUCUCCAUGCUCAGCCGGCACAGCCUCCCCCGCGACAGGACCUGCAAGCCGGGCCCCGGCUCACACAGCCCCGAAAAGGUCAUGGUGCAUAAGCCCCGCCCCCCAGCCUUCUCUAUGGGCAUCAGACACUCUGAGUUCGUCACCCCGCUGGUGAUAGACACUUUGGACUGACCUGCGGGUCUCUCCACCUCAGCAAGAUUCCGAUCCUGUUUCCUGCCGUGUUUCAUAAUCCUUUUUCUUGUUAAUAUUUCUUUUGAGACGCCUGUUUCUCUGGUCCCAUUCGCGAUUUAAAAGGCAGCUUUCUCGAAUGGCAUUUAAUUGUGAAGGAGGUGUCAGAUAAGAGUGAUUGGGGGGGUUUUUUUCUGGUAACAUUUUCAUAAUGUCUACGAAGGAAAGACAGAAAAAGAGGCUGCUUACGCUAAUACGGAAACGUGAGCAAAUCAAAGUGCAUGUGACUCAAAAAAUAAACAGACACAUCAUAGCAAUUCACAUUUAAUGCAAUAAAAAAAUCUACUUAACAAUGUAGCCCUGUAGUAGAAGGAAAAUGGCACUAUGGGUUCGAUAAUCACUAAUUUUGUUAAAAUUAGGUCAAAAUUGUACAAAGGUGCUAAAAAUCUUUAUAUUUUAUGGAUUAAAAUGGUUAAUUCUGAGAAAUAUAUUAUUGUAAACGUACUAUUCCAAGUUUAUCAAAAACAAUAUCAUACUUUGAAUACUUUGCAUAUUCAUUACCACAAUACCUCAUACUUCUUACUGUCAUUUAUUUCGAAACCGUGGAUUUUCUGCACUAUUUAGAAAAAGG